UUCUCCAAAUCUCACCGAACGGUUUCUUUCACCUUCCGGUUUCUUCUUUUGAUUUUUCUCGAGAAAAUCUAGCUUUUUCCCCGAGAAACUCGUUUCUUCUCUGAUUCACCAGUGGAUUACUGGUAUAACUUCACGAACGCAAACUGAUGGAUCGGAGGAGGGCAGGCAGCCCGGUGUUCGGCCGCCAGUGGAGCGACACAUCGAACAGUACCGAAUCAUCAUCUCCGGCGAUGUCUCCAGCUCACCGGAAACAGCUAGGAGGCGUGGGAGGUUUCUCCACCGCCAAGCGGUCUCAGAACGUCGCCGCCAAAGCCGCGGCUCAGAGGUUGGCUAAGGUCAUGGCGCUGCAGAACAAAGACAACGGAGACGACGACGAAGAUGAAGAAGACGAGGACGAAGAUCUGAGCCUCAGAUUCGCUCCUACUUCCCUGAAACCUGCUCGUCGCGCACCUUCUUCUCUAUCCUCCACUGGGAGCAACGGAGAUAGUAACAAACCGCCGGCCGUUUCCUUCGCUCUCCGCAGCAACAGAUCGCCUUCUCCUGCGUUAGGGAGGAACUUCGUUGAGCAAGUGCCUUCGGUGCGUUCUGCUUCAGCCGGUAGGCCGUCGUCGAUAUCUGCUAGAUCCACAACUCCGACUCCGACUCCGACUCCUAAUCUAAUGCCUCCAAGCAGGGUGUCGGUGAAAGCUCCCAACUCUAUUCCUCCACUUGAUCCUCCUACUAGGAACCGAGAUAAAAGGUUCUUCGCUGAUUUACCGUCGGUAAAUUCUAAAGAAAAGGGUGACCACCGGGAAGCUUCAGCUCUCCGUGAUGAACUGGAUAUGCUACAAGAGGAGAAUGAGAUUGUAUUGGAGAAGCUUCGCCGUGCAGAGGAAAAAAGGGCGGAAGCAGAAGCUAGGGCUAAGGAGCUUGAGAAACAGGUUGCUUCUCUUGGUGAGGGAGUGUCUCUGGAGGCAAAACUGUUAAGCAGGAAGGAAGCAGCAUUGCGUCAAAGAGAGGCUACUCUAAAUGCUGCUAAACAGAAAAACAAUGGGAAGUCUGAUGAACUUAUUUCUCUACGUUCAGAACUUGAGAGCUUGAAAGACGAGGCUACUACCGCUGCAGAACGGCUUCAAGAAGCAGAGUCCGAAGCGAAAUCUCUUCGCACAAUGACUCAGAGGAUGAUUUUAACACAGGAUGAAAUGGAAGAAGUAGUCCUGAAGAGAUGUUGGCUUGCGCGAUAUUGGGGUUUGGCUGUGCAAUACGACAUUUUUGCGGAUAUAGCACUAUCCAGGCAUGAGCACUGGUCGGCGUUGGCUCCUCUUCCAUUUGAGCUUGUCACCUCUGCAGCACAGAAGGCCAAGGAUUUAUCUUGGGAUAAAGGUGGGAAUGAUCGGAGUAGAGCUGCUAGAGAUUUGAGUGAUCUAACUGGAGAAGGAAAUAUUGAAACUAUGCUUUCAGUUGAGAUGGGUUUGAGAGAGCUAGCAUCAUUGAAGGUUGAGGAUGCUAUCGUUCUUGCAUUUGCCCAGCAGAGAAAACCAAGUUUGAUACGUCAAACUGUUUCUGAUCCCAAAGGUCAUGGAGAAUCCAGAUUUGUAGAUGCAUAUGAAUUGGGUGAGGCGGAACAAGAAGAUGUUGCCUUUAAGCAGGCAUGGCUGAUGUACUUCUGGGGCAGAGCAAAGUUACUGGGUGUGGAAGAAGACAUCGCAGAAGAACGUGUGCAGCUAUGGAUCAGCCGUAGCAACGGGAAAUCAACUACUUCUCACGAUUCCUUAGAUGUGGAAAGAGGAUUGAUAGAGCUGAGGAAACUGGGAAUAGAGCAACAGUUAUGGGAAGCUUCCAGAAGAGAAAUUGAACAGCUUUCAUCUCCUACUUCUUCUCCUUCCAAUCACGAUCUCGAUGCUGAUCCAUAGUUCCUCUCUUUCGUAUAUGAAAUUUUCGGUUUGUAUAUUUAUUCCUCUUCAUGCAAGUUUCACGAAGAAUCUGUGUUCUUUAUCUUCGCUUUUUCUCACACUUAGACUGUGUAAGCUUUGGUACUCUUGUAUUCGCAAUUCAAGUUCAGCAAGCUUUGGUUAAAGAAAAUAACACUGCAAUUAAACUCA